AUGUCCAUGGCUAACGUCCGUCUAUCCAGGGGAGUCACCGGUCGAUUUGUGUCCCGGGGACAAGUCGAUGGCAGCAAUGAGGGUCAUCCCAUGGAAUCAGACUCCCCAGGAUCACUGAUGGCCACAGCGAAGACUCCUGAAUACUCCAUCGAUCUGGAAGAGCUGUGCCCGCGUGAAGAUGUGGAUGCCACCUACUCCACCCGGGACUUGGAUUUGACUUCAGAGGAAAUUCCGGAAUACCAGUCGGCACCAGCAUAUGGCCUAUCAUCAAAACAGAGGGCACAUAACAUCCAUUUGCCUUCUACUCCCACUUGGGCCGAGAGCUGGUACGUGUCAUACAUCUUGCACACCACAAACAACGAGCAGCCGCUACUAAACAAUCCAUCGAACAGAAGCCACCACGGGCAUCAUCCGGCCAAUCCUCAAGAAGCCAGAAUGAGUAACAAUGCUGUUCGACAGUUGCUACCUCCGCUGAACUUAAUCGAUGCCAUGAUUGACGCCUAUUUUGCUCACUUUCAUGCCUUUUGUCCGCUUUUGGACGAGGCGCAGGUCCGUUUAUCUCUUCGAGAACAAUGUCUGCCGACAGUGUUGCUUCGAUGUAUGCUCUUCGUCGCUUCUAUACACUGUGAGAUGGCGCUGCUGCGGGAGAUGGGAUACAACGACCGCGUCGAGGCCGAAGACAGCUUGUUUAACAAGGCAAAAGCAGCGUUCGACACGGAUGUCGAAACGGACAGUAUGACGAUGCUGUGCUCUUCCUACCUGUUACAUUACUGGUCCGGAAGGCCAUCCAUCUUCAAAGACAGUAUAUGGUGGUUAGCUGGUGCCAUUAGGGGCGCGCAGUCCAUGGGAUUGCACCGCAGUAUGAGAGAGAGCAACGCUCCGACGCCUCAGAAGCGGUUGUGGCGGAAGAUUUGGUGGUUACUUUACAUUCGUGAUCGGCAAAUCUCCAUCUCUCUGGGAAAGCCGUUUCUCAUAAACGACAACGACUGUGAUUUGGGGCCCUUGGAAGAAGAUGAUUUAACGGAUGAAACCUUGGACACCAGGGCUUUUGUCCUAGCACAAGCACGUCUCGCGAUUGCCGCCUCGAAUAUCUUUGCACUGUUUUCUCCUUGUGCAUUCACCUGUGGCACUAGCGAGCAGGACGUCGUCCGCUUGGUGAAGGAAUAUCUCGACACAUUCUACAGUCAACUCCAUAUCAAUAUGGCAGAGCGGAAUGCUCGAAGGAAACCAUUAGGGCUGAUUCUUCACAUGACUGCAAGCUACUACAAAAUCCUGGCGUUCCGGAUGCUCGAGAGGAAGAUUCUGGCAUCUGCAACCGAUGCGCCGAGAGAGAUUGAGCAAUGCACAACCGAAAUACUGCAGGCCGCGGAGGAUGUGACGUCGCACUUCGAAGAGGUUCUUUUUGUCUAUUCAAGAAGGCCCGCGCUGGGAGAAGCGCGAAGUGUACUUGGCCAACAGCUGCGUUUCAAUUUGCUUGGGCUCAAGGAAUUCGAAGACUGCUACAGUCUUGCUCACUGGAUUCGAGAGCUGUUUCUCCGUAUUCGAGACAGAACCAGGACAACCCAAUCCGUAACGGCGGCUGUUGCCAUCAGUGGCACGCACUCAACAACCGGCGAAGAUGAUACGCGGACGGCGACGGAUCCCAAUCAGCUUGAUAUAACUUCGAACAACAGCUUGAAGCAUUCUUGGUCAAAUGCUAUUCCUUCGAAUGACUUUGUGGCACCAGUGACGACUAUCAAUGGUCACCAUGACACCCUGGGCGGACAAACGAUACCAGACCCGACAGAACCUGAGAUGAUGUACUCCGAACACCCACCCCUGGACCUCAAUUUCUCUCUAGAUGGUGAUUCCGAGCUACUUCGAUACCAAACCCUACAGAUGUUUGCGGACGAGUUUCCAACCAGUCUCUUGGACGAUUUUCAAUAUAUCGACAGCGUCGGUGGCUACUUUGAGCGGCCUGGUGGAUAGUACGGCCUCUUUCAUUUCGUGGUGUGCCGAGAAGCCCC